AUGACGGAGUUUCCAAUUUCCAAACCUGAUGUGAUCUCGCAGCUGGAACGAGGGGAAGAACCGUGGGUCCCCGACCUCCAGGGCUCUGAGAAAGAAGUGCUCCCGAGAGCUGCCUGCACAGGUGAUGGGAUGGUGAGUGAGAAUGAGGAGAAAUCCCAGAAGGAAGAUGCUCAGCAAGUAGAACCGCAUGGAACGUUAUCAGGAAGAUCCAAAGGGAAAGUUUCCAGGAGUUUUGCACGCCAAGAAAAAGCAAAAGCCUAUGAGACUCAGCAGAUGCCAGAGGAAAACUUCAGUAGCCACUCAGACCUUAUUACACACAAGAGAAUCAACUUGGAAGGGAGACGCCACACAUGCCACGAAUGCGGGAAAAGCUUCAAUUUUGCCUGUCUCCUUGUCAGACACCGCAGAACCCACACUGGAGAGAAACCCUAUAUGUGCUCUGAGUGCGGGAAAAGCUUCGGUCAGCACUCAACCCUUGCAAUACAUCGGAGAAUUCACACAGGAGAGAUGCCCUACGUGUGCUCCGAGUGUGGGAAACGCUCCAGGAAUCGUUCAGCCCAUGUCAAACAUGUGAGAGUCCACACAGGAGAGAAGCCCUACACGUGCUCUGAGUGCGGGAAAAGCUUCAGUGAUCAUUCAGCCCUUACCACACAUAUGAGAGUCCACACAGGAGAGACGCCCUACACAUGCUCUGAGUGCGGGAAAAGCUUCAUUGAUAGUUCAAGCCUCAUCUCACAUCAGCGAACCCACACAGGAGAGACGCCCUACACAUGCUCUGAGUGCGGGCAAAGCUUUACUCUCAGCGGUACCCUGAGCAGACAUCGGAGAAUCCAUACGGGUGAGAAACCUUAUGGAUGCUCUGAGUGUGGGAAAAGUUUUAGUCAGCGUUCAGACCUCAUCACGCAUCAGAGAACCCACACAGGGGAGAAGCCCUACACGUGCUCAGAGUGCGGGAAAAGCUUUUAUAACAGCUCUUCCCUGAAGAAACAUGGGAGAAUCCACACCGGUGAGAAACCUUAUAGAUGCUCUGAGUGUGGGAAAAGCUUUAAUCGGAGCUCUGCCCUCAUCUCACAUGAGAGAAUCCACACAGGAGAGACACCCUACACAUGCGCUGAGUGCGGGAAAAGCUUUGCUUAUCACUCAGGCCUUAUCACACAUAAGAGAAUCCACACAGGGGAGAAGCCCUACACGUGCUCCGAGUGCGGGAAACGCUUCCACCAGAGCUCACAUCUUGUCGCACAUCAGAGAAUCCACACGGAUGAGAAACCUUAUGGAUGCUCUGAGUGCGGGAAAAACUUUCGUCAGCACUGGGAGCUUACCAAGCAUCAGAGACGCCACACCGGAGAGACGCCCUAGACAUGCUUUUGGGGUGGGUAAAGCUUCAAUUGGACUUCAAACCUUAUCACGCAUCAGAGAAUCCACAGGGAGACGCCCUUCACAUGCUCUGAGUGUGGGAAAAGCUGCAGACGGAGCUCUGACCUGACCUGAUUAUACAUCAGAGAAUCCACACCGGUGAGAAACCUUAAGGAUGCUCUGAGUGCGGGAAAAGCCUCAAAAAUAGCUCACACCUUAUCAGACAUCAGAAAAUCCACACGAGAGACCUGUAACACACGCCUUGAUUAGGGCUGGCCAAAGAUUUUUUUUUUUUUUUAAAUAAUCACAUUUGCUAAUUCCCACAUAGUGAUCUGUGCACCAUCUUCACUGUGGUCUCAGGUCCACCAGAUGAGUUGCCGCCUUCUGCCUUUUGCAGCUCAUCCUUCUUUGGGAUCAGUCCUGUGAUCUUUUCUAUCAACUGCUCUCCUUUUGAGUCUUACGAACAUGUGUCCCUCCAGCCAGGAAUGUUCAUCCGCUCCAGGUGGGGGAGAGAGGUUUGAUCCCAACAAGCUACACUGAGGCAAAAGCUCCCUGUGCCUGACGUCCACUAGGACGUGGCCUUGGCUGCUCAAGUUAGUGAUCUCGGUGUAAAAAGACAAUUAUAGUUGUAGUUCAGCCCAGGUGCAGUGGUUGGCAUUAGCUUCCCCCUUGACCUGACUUAAACUCUUAUCACUUUUCCUAGUCUAAACUGUGAUUAAUGUCCUUAAGUCUUGUCCAGUAGUGUCAGGCUAAGCACUAUUAGGCCUCAGCCUUCCAGAAGUUGUAAGAAGCGAGUACUGUUGAAUCCUGCAAGCAUAAGCAUCAUCUAGCUAGGAAGCUUUAUAGACUAAAAAGGAAACUCUGUAAAGAUAGAUACAGACUUGUGGUUACUAUGCUCUGCAACCAAAUACUUCUCUAAGCUGACUCGAGCAUUUUUGAGUCUAGCAAAUUGACCACAAUUAGUCACAUAGAGUAGCGAUGAGCCGAGCACAGAUGCACAGUUCAGAAGUUCAAAACAACUGCAAAUACCACACUGAAAUAUUUGGCCACCUUUAUUGGUUGACCUGGUUUAAAACACGGCCAGCAAAUACUGUAUACAAAGAGUUUAAAGGGGAGUGUGUGUGUGGUGACCUAAAAGAGAUCACUCCACGUACACCCCCUGAAGCAAAGGGACUUGUGCGUCACUGACUAUCUGUGCCUUGCCAGUGCAGGAAACAGUCAACUGAAGGUAAUGUAUCUUUGGAAGAAUGCAGGGCGAGAUUUCAGAGUGGAAAAGUCUGGUUGUACUUGAGCUAGUUAAUCUUAAGUCUGUAUUAAUAUUAUAGUUUGUUUAUAUUAGCAAAUUGUUUAAGUUGUUUAAAAAUAGUAUUAGUCAAUAGUUAAUCACUAUAUAACAACUGUAUAUGUUUUGUGCCCUGCUGAAAGCAGGUACAGCGCAGGUGAAGCUAGCAGUUUAUAAAUCAUAAAGUCGCUGUGCCUGUCUUCAGUAUAAGUUACUAUCAAGUUUAUCAUAAAAGUCAAUCAAAGUUUAUAAGUUGUUAGAUAAGGUUAUAGGUAGGUUAAGGUUAGUACAAUAUAGUUAAUCAGUGUAUUAGUAUUGCAUAUAGAAUUGUAUUUGUUGGGGGUGGUUACAGUACAUGUGAAGUAGCUGGGCAAUCAGUAAUAGUACCGUUGCACGUGCUUGUAACUAUUUUCAGUAUUAUUUACCUUUUAUAUGCGCACUUAUAGGAAUAGGUAGUUAUUGUAUAAUAUUACUUGUACUUGUGCUUGUCUCCAGUAUAACUUGCCAUUUGUAUUAAUCCUCACUCAGUGCUGGUCUUUAAUUCUGUUUUUCUUAUUCUGUCUGUGUUUCCUUUAGUCAUAAGUCAUUAGAAACCUUUCUUGAGGAAUAA